UGUAGAGCCGCCAGUGGGGAGGGGGCAGCUGGUGUGUGUUCAGCUUCUGCUGUUUCGGAGUUUCAGCCGUACCCUCUUUAGGGUGCAGUGGAGACAGGGUCUGGCUAUGUUGCCCAGGUUGGAAUGCAGUGAUGCAGUUAAUAGCUCCCUGUAACCUCAAACUCCUGGAUCAAUCUAGACUCCUGCCUUAGCCUCCCAAGUGCCUGUUAGUACAGGCUUUUGAGGGAUCGCUUACACCUGAGACGAACUACAGAACAGCACGUACCAGAGGUGGAAGUCCAAGUGAAACGCAGAAGGACUGCCUCACUGAGCAACCAAGAGCUCCUCCAUCUACUCUUUGAAGCUUCUGCCCAGCUUGCAUUGUUUCUAGGAGAACCCACGUCAUACCUUUAUCUAUAGCCUUCCCCUAGGUCUUCAGAAGCAUCAAGUUUUAACUGUGGACAUUGGAUUUGGUGGAACAGCAAUCAUGACUGUUGGCAAGAGUAGCAAGAUGCUGCAGCACAUUGACUAUAGAAUGAGAUGUAUCCUGCAAGAUGGCCGAAUCUUCAUUGGCACCUUUAAGGCUUUUGACAAGCAUAUGAAUUUGAUCCUCUGUGAUUGUGAUGAGUUCAGAAAGAUCAAGCCAAAGAAUGCGAAGCAACCAGAGCGUGAAGAAAAGCGGGUUUUGGGUCUGGUGUUGCUGCGUGGGGAGAACUUGGUAUCCAUGACUGUGGAGGGGCCACCCCCCAAAGAUACUGGCAUUGCUCGGGUACCACUUGCUGGAGCUGCUGGAGGCCCUGGGGUUGGUAGGGCAGCUGGUAGAGGAGUACCAGCUGGUGUGCCAAUUCCCCAGGCCCCUGCUGGAUUGGCAGGCCCUGUCCGAGGAGUUGGGGGACCAUCCCAGCAGGUAAUGACUCCACAGGGAAGAGGCACUGUAGCAGCUGCUGCUGUUGCUGCGACUGCCAGUAUUGCUGGAGCCCCAACACAGUACCCACCAGGACGGGGCACUCCGCCCCCACCGGUCGGCAGAGCAACCCCACCUCCAGGCAUUAUGGCUCCUCCACCUGGUAUGAGACCACCCAUGGGCCCACCAAUUGGGCUUCCCCCUGCUCGAGGGACGCCGAUAGGCAUGCCCCCUCCGGGAAUGAGACCCCCUCCACCAGGCAUUAGAGGUCCACCUCCCCCAGGAAUGCGUCCACCAAGACCUUAGCAUACUGUUGAUCCAUCUCAGUCACUUUUUCCCCUGCAAUGCGUCUUGUGAAAUUGUGUAGAGUGUUUGUGAGCUUUUUGUUCCCUCAUUCUGCAUUAAUAAUAGCUAAUAAUAAAUGCAUAGAGCAAUUAAACUGUGA